AUGGAUGGUAAACAGGCGCAGAAUGAUGCUCAAGAGGUAUCUGAGCCCUCUGAAAUUGACUCACCACCCUUGCCACCAUCCAGGAUUCCUUUCUUUCGCUCAACGUUAUUCCAAGCCCUGGUUAUUGCGGGCGUGUUCUUCUGCGGCCCAGGAAUGUACGGGGCGCUGAAUGCUCUGGGCGCGGGAGGGUUGAAGAGCCCACUACUGGUGAACAUCACGUCUGGGCUAUCCUAUGGUCUCAAUGUCAUCUUUGCGCUUCUCACUGGCGUCUUCGUGAACGUCUUGGGGGAGCGCAUCGUAUUGAGUCUCGGAGUCAUAGGAUUCAGCAUCAAUGGUGCCUCGCUGUAUUGCAACAAUAUGUUUGGCAAUACCUGGCUUAUGUACUUUUCUUCUGCAUUGCAGGGAUUUACUACGGCGCUUCUUUGGGUUGUUCAAGCUGCAAUAAUGCUGGCGUAUCCAGAGCCAGACUUUAAGGGCAGAUUUAUCGCUAUCUGGUACACCUCCAUCGCGUUGGGUCAGUCAGUCGGAGGUGCUCUUGCUCUUGGUUUCAACGCGUCGAACAAAGAAGCCGGCGCUGUUACUCCGGUCACAUACAUCCCUCUCAUCGCAAUUGCCGCUUGUGGACCCUUCAUUGCUCUCUUGAUAUCUCGGCCGCAUCAAGUCAUUCGUCGCGACGGUGUGAAGGUUUUGUCGAAGAAGCAGCCAAACGCAUGGCAAGAGGCGAAGAGAGUAUUUAGUGCUGUGAAAAGACGAGAGGUACUGGCCACUGUCAUCGAUCGUUUAUCAAUUCUCAAUCAAACUGACCAGAUGCAAAAGAUGCUCCUCCUCCUUCCCCUCUUCAUCUACUCGCAAUGGUUUCUCUCCUACAACAGCACCUUUACGGCAAUUUAUCAUUCUGUCCGCGGAAGAGCCCUUACUUCUUUCACGAGUGCGUUCGCAGGGGUUGCCGGAACCUUCGCAGCGGGUGUCUUCCUCGACUACCAGAAACUCAGUCGAUCGACCAAAUUCCGCUGGUCGUAUUUUGCCAUCUAUGCGCUGUACACUUUGACAUGGGUGUGGGAUACGGUUGUGCAGUGGUAUUAUUCCAAGACUAACCCGGUGGGCCUGGAUUGGGCACAGUCUGAGUUCUAUGCGAGCUUUCUCUUGAUCCUUGUCAAGGGGUUUGUUGACCAUGCUUUCCAAACGUGGAUGUAUGCGCUCAUCGGCACUCUGACGGAGGAUGUCGAUGAGUUGACCCGGUAUACCGGUUUCUUGAAGGCCGUGAAUACGGGUGGUGCAGCAUUGGGGUAUGCCGUUCAGACGAAGUGGAGUAUGAUGGGGUCAGAGGCGCUGUUGCUUGGUUUGUGGGUAGUUCAAAUCGUUCCUACCUGGCUCAUGGUGAAGGAAGUGAAGGAUUAG